AUGGAGGGGCGCGUGUGCGAGAGUGUGGUUGUGGUGCUGUAUGGGGAUGCGUGCGAGCUUGAUUCGCCUUCAGGGGCUGGGGACAAACCUGGGAAUCAUCAGGGGGAGACCCUAAGUGUUGGCGACUUCUGGAACAGCAAAACGUCUGGAAGACUGUGGUCCAAGGCCAUUUUUGCCGGCUACAAACGAGGCCUACAAAACCAGAGGGAACAUACAGCUCUUCUGAAAAUUGAAGGAGUCUAUGCUUGGGAUGAAACUGAAUUCUAUUUGGGCAAGAGAUGUGCUUAUGUAUACAAAGCCAAAAAAAACACAGUGACUCCUGGUGGGAAACCAAACAGAACAAGAAUUAUCUGGGGAAAAGUUACUCGGGCUUAUGGAAAUAGUGGAAUGGUUCGGGCCAAAUUCAGAAGCAAUCUUCCUGCCAAGGCCAUUGGACACAGGAUCCGAGUGAUGAUCUAUCCCUCAAGAAUCUAG